AUGGGGAAACUCAAUCGACUUGAACUUUUCAAUUUCAAGUCCUACAAAGGGCAUCACACCCUUCUGUUCGGCGACUCUUAUUUUACUUCGAUUAUUGGACCCAAUGGAUCCGGAAAAUCUAACUCUAUGGAUGCCAUUUCAUUUGUUCUUGGCAUCAAAUCCUCCCACCUUCGAUCCGCACACCUCAAGGACUUGGUCUAUCGAGGCCGAGUAUUGAAAACUUCUAAAAUCAACGAUGACGGAUCUGCUGCGACGAAUGGAGCAGCACAAUCGAGCGAUGACAAGGCCUCUCGUGGCGACCCGAAAACUGCAUGGGUCAUGGCUGUAUACGAGGAUGAUAGUGGCGAAGAGCACAGAUGGAAACGUUCCAUCACGAAUCAAGGCGCAAGUGAAUAUCGCAUCAAUGAUCGAAGCGUUACUGCACAGCAAUACAAUGCAGCUCUGGAAAACGAAAACAUCCUCAUCAAGGCAAGAAACUUUCUGGUCUUUCAAGGAGACGUGGAGGCCAUUGCAUCCCAGUCCCCCCAGGAUCUCACACGCCUGAUUGAACACAUCUCCGGAAGUUUGGAAUACAAGCAAGAAUAUGAGAAUCUUCAAGCUGCUGCCGAGCAGGCAGUUGAGAACCAAAACUUCCAACUUCACAGGCGACGCGGCAUUAAUUCCGAAAUCAAGCAAUACCGCGAGCAGAAGAGAGAAGCCGACAACUUCCAAAAGAAGAUGGACGAGAAAGAUGCCGCCAUUGUGACGCAGUGUCUCUGGAAGUUGUUCCACUUUCAGAAAGCGAUGGAUGAAUCUAGCGCUGCCAUUCACAGUCACCAUGAGGAUUUGAAAGAAUUGCGUCGCAAUGUUGAAUCUUACGAAGGACAGCUCGAAGCUGCGCGUCGAGAACAAAUAUCCGUCUCGCGACGCGUUGGCCGGGUGGACAGAGAAAUACGACAAAAAGAACGCUCCAUUGAGGAUCGUGAGAAUGCGUUGGUGCCAUUCGAUGAGAAAAUUCACGAGUCAUCGCAGCAAGUCGAUCGACUGCAAUCUCAAAGCCAGAAAGUUGCAAAAGAGCGAGAUGAGCAAGCGGACAUUGUGCAAAAGGUGCAGAGUGACGUCGAAAGCGUGAAUAAGGCUCAAUCCAUUUUCGAAAAAGAUAUCCAAGAGCAGAUGCAGAAGCAAGGCGGAGCAAUCAGCGAUGCUGAUCGCAAAGAGUACAAUACGCUACGCAGCGAAGUCAUCGCCCGCUUUGGUUCGGAUCACACCAGGCUGGAAAACUUGGAGAGACAACGCAAGGCCGACGAGGUUACGGUCAAUAACUUGAAAGGCAAAGUAGACAGUAUUACGGCAGCUAUCUCCAAAACUGAGUCUGAGCUCAGUAGUGUGGGAGAAAGAAAAGAUGCCGUAGAGGCUGUUGCCAAGGAUCUUUCCAGUGAGAUCGCCGCAAAGAAGAAAGAAUUCAAUCAGCUCCAGUCUGAGCGUGUACGAACCAACCAAAAAAGGACAGAGCUGGAAGAAAAGCUUGAAGAUGUCGCCAAGAAGUUGCGAGAGGCAGACGAUGGACGUCGCCAGAAUGAUCGUGAGGCGCGCCUGAAAGACAUGGUUGCGUCUCUGAGACGCAUCUUCCCUGGUGUACGAGGCAGAAUUGGCGAUCUUUGCACACCGAAGCAGAAGAAAUAUGACGAAGCCAUCAUCGUGGCUUUAGGAAGAGACUUCGACUCGGUGGUUGUUGACACAGAAAAAACUGGCGUUGACUGCGUUCAGUACCUAAAGGAACAACGCUUCGCGCCAAUGACUUUCAUUCCUCUGGACAACAUCAAAGUUAAUGCCGUCAAUACUUCUGUCAAGGGAAUAACUGGGGCUAGACUCACCAUUGACACCAUCAACUUUGACUCCUCCGUUGAACGCGCAUUAUCCUAUGCAUGCGGAAGCUCCGUGGUUUGCGAAACUCUAGAUGUCGCCAAGCACAUUUGUUAUGAGAAAAGAAUUCCCGUGAAGGCAGUCACUUUAGAAGGCUAUGUCAUUCACAAAGCUGGUCUCAUGACUGGUGGUCGUGGGCCAGAACCCAAGGGUGGCAAGCGAAAGUUCGAGGAAGCUGAUGUUCAAAACCUUCAAAGAAUGGCUACGAAGCUGAAAGAAGAAAUUAAUCGCCUCCCACGAGCUGAUCGACGCGGUAGCAAGGAGGAAACACUGCAAAUUGAGCUCGGUGGCUUAGAACGUCGUGUUAAAGCCACGAAAGAAGAGCUUGCUGUCUUCCAAGAGAAUUUCUCCAGCAAAAAGCGAGAGCUAGAAAACCAAAAGAAACAGCUCCGGGAAAUUCAACCGAAAUACAAAGAACAAGCAAAGGCAUUCGAAAGCACGACAUCCACUGUACAGCAAUUCCAAAACGCAAUCGGCAAGGUUGAAGAUCAAAUCUUUUCAAGCUUUUGCAAGCGACUCGGAUACAGUGAUAUCCGUGCAUUCGAUGCUUCUCAGGGAAAGCUGGAACAAGAAGCCUCAGAGAGGAGAAGUCAGUAUGAGGUCCAGAAGCAGCGCCUUGAAAGCCGCCUCAAGUGGGAGGUAGCCCGGCACGGCGAUACUGAGGCUCGUAUCAAGAGAAUGCAUGAGCAGAUCAAGCGCUUGAAGCAGGACAUCAAGGCCUAUACCAAGGAGAAGGCAGAUAUCGAAACAGAGAUGCGCGAAGAACAAGACGAGCUCGAAGCUCUCAGAGAGACAUUGGAAGAACACCAAGCAGAUCUUGCGGAGAAGAGCGAGCGUGUCAACGAGGCCAAGGCUGAAGUACAGCAACGUGGCAAGGACAUUGAGGCCUUACACAAAAGUGUAAAUGCGUUGGAAACGACGCUGCAGCAGAACAGCGCUGGCAAGUCUGGAUUGCUUCGCAGGUGUCGUCUUGAGCAAAUCCAAAUUCCUCUCGCGGAAGGCGCGUUGGACAAUCUGCCCAACGAGGCCGACUUGCUGCGCCAGGACCCUGAUGCCAUGGACGUCGACGCCGAGGGCGAGGAAUUGCUAGACCUCGCGCUGGAUGACCACGGCAUCGAAAUCAAUUUUGAUGGUCUGGACGACGACCUGAAGCAGUCUGAUGACCCGAGUGUGGAGGACUCCCUAACAGAGCGUAUUGCAAACUUGACGACUGAACUGGAAAAGUUGAACCCAAAUAUGCGUGCCAUGGAACGACUGGAGAGUGUCGAGUCGCGACUGAAACAAACUGAUCAAGAAUACGAAGACUCCAAAACUGCUGCUCAGGAGGCGAAGGAAGCUUUCAGCAAUGUCAAGCAGAAGCGAUACGAGAUUUUCAACAACGCCUUCACACAUAUCCAAGAGCAGAUCUCGCAUGUCUACAAAGACCUGACCCGCUCAGAUGCCUAUCCUCUUGGCGGCCAGGCUUAUCUUGACAUCGAGGAAGACACAGACAUGCCGUACUUGUCUGGCAUCAAAUACCACGCUAUGCCUCCAUUAAAAAGAUUCCGAGAUAUGGAACAUCUCUCCGGUGGCGAGAAGACCAUGGCCGCGCUGGCGCUUCUUUUCGCGAUUCACAGCUACCAACCCAGCCCCUUCUUCGUUCUCGACGAAGUUGAUGCAGCAUUGGACAAUGCUAACGUGGACAAGAUCAAGAAGUACAUCCGUGAGCAUGCUGGCCCUGGCAUGCAGUUCAUUGUCAUUAGUCUGAAGACCGGGCUAUUCCAAGACAGCGAGAGCUUGGUAGGCGUCUAUCGAGACCAAGAAGUCAACAGUUCGAGAACAUUGACAUUGGAUUUGAGGAAAUAUGCGUGA